UUUUCCGCCAAUGGGACGUGAACCUCGAAGCGGCGCUAAAUAUCAAUUGACAGCUAGCUAGAUAGCCAGCUAACACUCGUAUUUAUACCGGACUGCAGUCCUACGAAGGAAAUAAUUGAUAUUUUUAUGAGUCGCCAUACGUUUACCAUAGUUAGGUCAAUAUUUGAAAGAGUUAAAUAAUUACGGAGAACCUGGCUAUUGCAUUCAGUUACGCAAGCUAAGGUUACUGUUAUGAAGUCAGCUCGGUAGCUAGCCGUAGCUAGCAAGCCGUUAUUAUUAUAGCUGUUAUUAUAUAGUAGUUUGUUUUAUCCUUUUGGUUUUACCACCUGUGAUAACCUAGGAUAUCUGUCUUGCUAUUGUCUGAUUCGUAAUGCCGAGCAUUCCGCAGAAUAAUUUGAAAGAGCAACUUGAACGACACAGCAAUGCUGUUCAGAGCAAGUUAUCACUGGCCAGACCUAAACCCGGGUCUUUUACUUUCAAAAAGAAGUCGACUUCGUCCAUCAUUAACACGGAAGGUGCAUCAAAGGUAACGGACUCAAGUGGUCUAGCAAACAGGAAAGUCAAUGUUCCUCAUAACAGUGCAGUAACCAAACUCCCUUUGACGUUUUCAACCAAGACUCAUAGGCCGCAAACUCCAAAAUUCAACUUCUCGGCUAACCCUAAAAGCAAACAUCAAGUCAUUACGCUUCCACCAAACCCAUUUGCAGUAAGUAAGUCCAUUCCAGACCAGGCAGCUUCCAAACUCUCCUCAGCACUGGUCAAUCUAGAUGAUAACCCUUCAGCAAACAAAACUACUUUGCUGGACUGCUCUCUCGGGAUCCACACAGCCGACUGGGAUGACUUUGAUGACUUUGAGACUCCUGUCAAGGGUAAAACUGUGUCUCCAAGCCCUGCUUUGCAUCCUGCUAGCGCUGAACCAGGGGGCACUCCUGUCAAGAGAAAAACAGAGUCCCCAGGCCAUGCCACACCGGUGAGGCUGUCACGUGGAAUCAAUGCAGAAUCAGGUGAACACAGAGAAACAGAAGGUGACAAGAGUCCAGCUUCUAAAACCACUAGCACAGAGUCUGCAAGAGCUGGUUGCAGCCACGUCGGUUCACCUGAAACUCUAGUGUCGGUGGAAGAUCUGGACAGCAACUUGGAGGUGUGCAAUGCUUCACAGGAUAACAUUCACCCACACCCAGAAGAGACUGAGCCAGGAGACUCACCAGUGAAGUUCAUGAAAAGACACCAAUCAAUCCGGAAAAGACAAGCUGUGUUGAGUGACAGCGAGGAGGAGGCUGAAGUUGAGUCGGGGCUAUCAGUCAAAUUGAAAGAUGAUGACCCUGUUUGCAUUCAAGAUACGCAAAUUGACUGCAUGGACAAGUGUGAGUCAAGGGUGGAUAUGGACUGUAUACCACCAUCCCCACCACCUGAGAAUGAGAGUUCCUCUCUGAGAUUGAGGAAAACUAGUCCCCAGAGUCGCUGUAGUCGAGUCACAAGCCUGGUAGGAGUCACCGAUGUCCGGUCCAAAGAUAUCAAUGGGCCUGAUGUUAAAUCAGACGAUGCACUCUUCAGUGUUAUGGAGGCUAUCUGUGGGCUGGUGGACUCCAUCCCCGAGCAUGAGUUGAUUGGCCUCAACUGUGGCACUCAGCUUCUUGUGCAGCGAGCUCAGAGGAAAAGAAUUAUUGCCCUUGGAGGAACACCUAGGACAUCCAUCUCAGACAAGGGAGUUACACCUCACCCUAAACCAUCAUUCCAUCAGUUCAGUUCAGUUUUUGACAACACACCCAGUUUAAAGUUAUUUACGUCACCUGUCUGUGAAGAAAUAAAGGACAGUUCCAAGAAAGAGUUCCAAUUCAGGAAGUCCAUCUCCUCCGUCUUGCCGAUGGAUUACGACAGCAGUGUCUUUGAAGACUCCAGCUGUCUUAUCGGCGACGUUCAAACUCCAGGCUCCUCCUGGAGACCCUCAUCCUCCUCCACCAAACCCGUUCUCACCGAGGAGAAAAACAGCAAGUGCUCAAGCAGCUUUAACUUUUGGAGCAGUAAUGACCAGAAUGAUGACUUCCCAUCAAGGCCAUCUUCCGCGCAAUCUGAUGUUCAGAUAAUAGAGGAUGAACCAGAGGAAUUGUUUUACUCCACUAAGAGGCCAGGUGAUUGGACUGAUACCGAGACUAGAGGGGGAAGCAGCAGGCCACCAUCCAGUCACACAAACACAUGGACAGACGCGGACGGGGAUGACUUCUACAAUGACGACUUUGACAUCGACGACUUUGAUGAGGCGGACAUUCCGAACUACUUAGACGAACCUCAGAGCGCUUCCACCUCGAAAUGGGACUCCACUUCGCUCGGGUCCGCAAUACGGGAGGGAGGGCCAGUUAAAUCCACGCAGGCCAGGAGCACAGUCUCCACCCCGAGCCCUGCCCCAGCUUCCAAACCCAGUAAACCUGCCUCUCCAGAGCCUGAUUUCCGCAACCCUGCCCAUGACCGCUUCAGAGGCUUCAACUUCCCUCACUCAGCAGAGAUGAUGAAGACCUUCCACAAGCGGUUUGGCCUGCACCAGUUCCGCUUUAACCAGCUGGAGGCCAUCAAUGCUUCAAUACUGGGUCAAGACACAUUUGUCUUGAUGCCUACAGGAGGAGGUAAAAGUCUGUGCUACCAGCUGCCUGGCAGUUUGUCUUCAGGUGUUACUGUGGUGAUCUCACCAUUGAAGUCGCUAAUUGUGGACCAGCUGCAGAAGCUAACCACUCUGGGUAUCCCAGCCACCAGUCUGUCUGGGGAGAAGAGUGACAGCGAGGCCAGCCGCAUCUACAUGCAGCUGUCCAAGAAGGACCCGGUCAUUAAACUGCUCUACGCCACGCCGGAGAAGGUGUCUUCGAGUGGCAGGAUGACCAGUGCUCUGCAGAACUUGUUUGAGAGGGCCCUGCUGGCGCGGUUUGUCAUCGACGAGGCACAUUGUGUCAGUCAGUGGGGCCAUGACUUCCGGCCAGACUACAAGCGUUUGAACGAGCUGCGGCAGAAAUUCCCCCGUGUGCCCAUCAUGGCUCUGACGGCCACAGCGACGCCUCGUGUGCAGAAGGACAUCCUCAACCAGCUGCAGAUGAGCUCCCCACAAGUCUUCACCAUGAGCUUUAAUCGUCACAACUUGAAGUACACGGUUCUACCCAAGAAACCCAGGAAGGUUGACGAAGAUUGUAUCGAAUGGAUCAAGAAACACUACCCCCGUGGAUCUGGCAUAGUGUACUGUCUGUCGAGAAACGAUUGUGACGGUAUGGCAGAAAGUCUUCAGAGAGCGGGCAUCGCUGCACUGGCGUACCACGCUGGUCUGAAGGAUAACGACAGGGAGUACGUCCAGUGCAAGUGGAUCAACCAGGAUGGCUGCCAGGUCAUCUGUGCCACCAUAGCCUUUGGCAUGGGUAUAGAUAAGCCGGACGUGCGCUACGUCAUCCAUGCCAGCCUGCCCAAGUCUGUGGAGGGCUACUACCAGGAGUCGGGGAGGGCAGGGCGAGACGGAGAAGUCUCGGAGUGUGUGCUCUUCUACGCCUACUCCGACGUCAUCCGCAUCAAGAGACUCCUCACCAUGGACAAGAAUGGGAACCGUCAGGCCAUAGCCACGCACUUCAACAACCUGCACAGCAUGGUGCACUUCUGUGAGAACAUGUCGGAGUGCAGACGCAUCCAGCUCCUGGCUUACUUCGGCGAGCACAAGUUCAACAGCAGCUUCUGCAAGGAGCACCCGGAGGUCGUGUGUGACAACUGUGCCAGACCAAACAAAUACAAGGCGAGGAAUGUGACCGAAGAUGUGAAGAAGAUAGUGAGAUUUGUGCAGGAGAACUGCGAAAAAGUCGGCAACCGCUACAACAAAUCUGCUCAGCAGAGCCGACUGACCCUUAACAUGCUAGUGGACAUCUUCAUUGGCCACAAGAGUGCCCGCGUCCAGACAGGGAUGUUUGGAGUCGGAGCGGCCUAUUCCAGGCACAACGCAGACCGUCUCUUCAAGAAGUUGGUGUUGGACAACAUCGUGGAGGAGGACCUGUACAUCGGUAAUAGCGGACAGGCUGUGGCCUACAUCUCUGCCGGCAAGAAGGCCACGAACGUUCUGAGUGGCUAUAUGCAGGUGGAGUUCUACGAGACGGAGAACGCCUCCAGCAUCAGGAAGCACAAGGCAGCUGUCACCAAGAACGUCUCCAAGAGAGAGGAGAUGGUGCACAAGUGCCUGGAGGAGCUCAACGACCUGUGCAAGAAGCUGGGCAAGAUCUUUGGCAUUCACUACUACAACAUCUUCUCCACUGCCACGCUCAAGAAGAUCGCUGAGACGCUGUCUGCAGACCCCGAGGUGCUGUUGCAGAUUGAUGGUGUGACUGAGGACAAGCUGGAGAAGUACGGAGCGGAACUCAUCGAACUGCUGCAGAAGUACUCCGAGUGGCAGCUGCCUGUUGAGGAGCCGACUGAGAAUUCCGGCUGGAUAGACAUGGCGCAGGGUCGCCAUGAGCGAGACGAGGAUGAUGACGAGGAAGACGCUUCUUCUGCUUACUUCCAGGGCAACAGCCGAGGAGGGAAGAGGAAGAAGUCGGGGUACUCCAGGAAACCCAAGAGGAGAAAAGGAGGCUUCCAAAGCUCCUCUGCCAAAGGGGGGAACAGUAACAGCUCGUGGGGCUCCUCAGGCUCGGGCAGUGGCAGGGGUGGCUAUAAAUCUCGAGGCCGAGGGGCAGCCGGCCGAGGGGCAGCCGGCCGAGCCCCAGCAGGCAGGAGACCAGGUUUCAUGGCCCUACCGACGCCCCACAGCACGGCACGCCCCUUCCUCAAACCUACCUUCUCUCAUAUGCCCUGAAGGGGGAGCUGUUUCACUAACUUCAGUUAUCCUCCACUGAACUGACGGCCACGUGUAAAUAUCUGUAAUAUUUGUUAGAUAAAUGUUGAUUCCACUUACGUUUUUUCGAAAGUGUAAUCUUGUUCAGGAUAUUUUUCAUUCUUGUGUUUAAAUGUUGUUUAAUUUAUAAAGUUGAAUUGUUUUUGUAUGUCUUAACAGUCAAUAAAAGCUGACUUAAUUUGAUGAGAAUCAG